AUGCUUCAACUACGUCAUCGAAUCAGACCUUUUGUGUGGUCGAAACUCGGGGAUGGAAAAGACACUUCCAUAUGGUUUGAUAGAUGGGUUGAGCAAUGUCCAUUGAGUCCAAUGAUCUCGGCUAGGCAGAUUAUUCGAGCUGGGUUCUCCCUUGACUCUAGGGUGGCUAACUUGUGUUACAAUGGGGUAUGGAAUUGGCCAGACCAAUGGCGAUCUGACUAUCCUAUCUUGAAUAGCCUACCGGGGCCAAUGCUACAAUCUGAGAUUAAGGACGAGCUUGGCUGGGUCGAUGUUGAAGGUAAUGUUACGGAUUACUCGUCUAAAGCAUGUUGGAAUACUAUUAGAAUGACGCAAGCUGAAGUUUCAUGGAGUCACGUCAUUUGGUUUUCUCAAAGUAUACCAAGACAUGCAUUUCUUGUAUGGCUGAUUGUGAGAAAAAAGCUUAAAACCCAAGAUAUGCUGAUGCAAUGGAACAAGAAUGGAAAUUCUAACUUCAAUCUCAUGUGCUGCUCGUUGUGUAAAAAAGGUCCUGACUCACAUAAUCAUUUAAUUUUUGAGUGUUCUUUUUCUUCACAGAUUUGGAGCAGAGUAAAGAUAUUGGCUGAAGUUCCAUAUGUGUCUAACAAAUGGGAAGAUGUACUACAUUGGCUGAUCAUCAAAUCGAAGUUGAGAUCUUUCAAGAAUGUGAUUGGGAGGUUACUUGUUGCGGCCACGGCUUACUUUGUUUGGCAAGAGAGGAAUCUACGCCUGUUCAUUCAUCAGACGAGACCACCUGAUGUGAUUAUUAUUCAAAUUAAAUCUACUAUCCGACUCAAGUUAGUGACAUUUCGAUUCAAGAACACUAUGGUGGUUGAUCAUUGGUUGAAAGUGUGGAAGGUGCCACGAGAGAUAGGCUUCAUUAAAAAAUGA